AUGCCGGCUAAGAUUAGAGUAGCUACACCCUGGGGAGUUUCAUUGGACUGUUGCGAAAAAAAAGAACUUGUGGCUUCACCUCAUGUAAUAAUCAAAUCAAUCGCCCGUGUGGGAUUUCCUCUACAACGAGUCGACAUCAGUGCUGAAAAUGACGUAGUUGAGCGACCAUCAUCUCGUAGUAGUCAUAAGAAAUGUGAUGUUAUGAUCCUGAAGCCGAGAGAAGUUGUGCAUCCCAGUCCACCGUCCACUCCGAAUGUGCGGAGAUCUAAGAGAAAUCGUAUGAAACCUGUGCGACAGUGGCUUGGAGAAUUACCAGUUUAUGAGGUUUCACCGGGAGGCAGCAAAACAUUGGUAGGCGUCAACGAAGUGGAAGUGAGAGACAAACGUUGGCUAAAAGUAAGAAGCGCUAACUUAAAAAUUGCUCAAGAAAGGGAGAUGCAAUUACGGGAACAGCAACGUCGUCUACGCGAGAAACGUAGGGAGGAAGCUCGCAGGCGUAAGCUUGUCAAAAUUCGUGAAUUGAAACUUCGCCAUAAGAAAGGUGAGGAUUUGCACACUACCAUAGACUCAAUUGUGACCAGCAGUGAUGAAGACGAUGAGGAAGAUGAUAUAGAGGCUAUUGUACACGUACGAUGA